GCGCUUACCCCCACAGUAGUGCAGCUCAUUAUGCUGCGCUCUUCUGUUCUACAGGGACGGCAGACACUGCUCUCCUCGGCUCGCCAGCGCACAGCCGCUCAAUGGCUAUCCAGAGCCGGGGCUAACAGCAGGCUUUCGGGCCAGAGAUUCUUUGCUGAUUCUAAGCCCCCAACCCCCGCCACUCCUUCCUCAGAUUCGGCGGUUCCUCCCGAGACGGCACCGAAACCCUCGACCGGCUCUAAUGCUCCCCCAGCACCUACACCUGCGCCAGUUCGCAAAACUGGCCGCUUCCGCAGAUUCCUUAUUUACCUGAUCCUCACCUCCGGUCUGGCGUAUGGUGGAGGCAUCUUCCUCGCUCUCAAGUCUGACAAUUUCCACGAUUUCUUCACCGAGUAUGUUCCAUAUGGCGAGGAGUGCGUACUUUACUUUGAGGAACGUGAUUUCUACCGACGGUUCCCUAAUACCCUCCGCAAUCCGAGCCGUCUCUCCUCUACACCUAGAGAUGAAGGCAACAAGGUUGUGAUCUCCAGCAAGAGCGGACUUUCUUCGACGGUAGUGGAAGAGUCGGGAAGCGAUGUAUCGAAAUCAGGACCCCACAUGAGCGCUGUUAGCCCAGUCACGGCGGAUGAGGUGGCCAUCAAACCUGCCACUGCCAAGCCAGAGGACCGGACUUCCACAGUCAAGACGGAUAAGAAGCCCGCCCCACAGGAACCGGAAAAGCCUAAGGAAGAGCCUAAGGAAGAGUCCAAGCAACCCGUACCAGCAGCGAUUACGACCCUUGAAUUUGCCCAGGUCAGCGAGGGAGAUGAAGCCAUUGUACAGGAACUAGUCAAGACCUUCAACGACAUCAUCACGGUCAUCAGUGCCGAUGAGAACGCCUCCAAGUACUCCAUGCCCGUCACAAAGGCCAAGGAAGAGCUCCAGAAGAUUGGCGAGAAGAUUAUUGCGGUUCGAGAUGAAGCGCGCAACGCCGCCCAGGAGGAGAUCAAAAAGGCCCACGCUACCUUUGACGAGUCGGCACGCGAGCUUAUCCGCCGCUUUGAGGAGGCACGUGCCACCGACGCUGCUCAGUACCGCGAAGAAUUUGAGUCUGAACGCGAGAAAUUGGCGCUUGCCUACCAGCACAAGAUUGAGACCGAACUGCAGAGAGCCCAGCAGCUAGCUGAACAGCGACUUCAGAACGAGUUGGUGGAACAGGCUAUCGAACUAAACCGUAAAUAUCUUCACGAAGUUAAGGAUCUCGUCGAGCGGGAGAGAGAGGGCCGACUCAGCAAGCUUAACGAGCUCACUGACAGCGUCUCCGAGCUUGAGAAGCUCACCACCGGAUGGAGGGAUGUGAUCGACACCAAUCUUCGAACCCAACAACUCCAGGUGGCUGUUGAUGCUGUUCGCUCGGCUCUUGAGCGCUCCACAGUCCCUAGGCCCUUUGUGCGCGAGCUGGUCGCAGUCAAGGAGCUGGCAGGAGAGGAUCCAGUUGUCGAGGCGGCUAUUGCGUCCAUCAACCCUUCCGCUUACCAGCGCGGCAUCCCGUCAACUUCUCAGCUCAUUGACCGCUUCCGCCGCGUCGCUGAUGAGGUUCGAAAAGCUAGUCUUCUCCCCGAGGAUGCAGGUAUUGCCAGCCAUGCAGCCAGCCUUGUCUUGAGCAAGGUCAUGUUCAAGAAGGACGCCGUUGCUGGGGGUGAUGAUGUUGAGAGUAUUCUUGUUCGUACGGAGAAUUUGCUUGAAGAAGGAAAUCUUGAUGGCGCUGCUCGUGAGAUGAACUGCCUCAAGGGAUGGGCCAAGAUCCUCAGCAAGGACUGGCUGGGCGAUGUGCGCCGAGUUCUGGAGGUGAAGCAGGCUCUCGAGGUGAUUGAAACAGAAGCCCGCCUUCAGUGUCUUCGGGUCGAGUAGAUAGAUAGAUUCUAUCCGCGUUCUCUUGAAUUUCCUGUACCUCUUUUACCUCCUGUACACAGGACAUGUAUCUCUAUGUAGCCCUCCACGUUGUUAGACCCAAUGCUAGAAGUUCUCUUUUGU